GAUUUCCAGCUUGAGAUCAGUGUGCUGGUGCUGAUUUUCCGAUGAAGUACAUCCUGGUAACUGGUGGUGUCAUCUCAGGCAUUGGCAAAGGGAUCAUUGCAAGCAGCAUUGGCACCAUACUGAAAUCAUGUGGUCUACGUGUCACUGCAAUCAAAAUUGAUCCUUACAUAAACAUAGAUGCUGGAACAUUUUCACCAUAUGAACAUGGUGAAGUUUUUGUAUUGAAUGAUGGUGGAGAAGUUGACUUAGAUUUGGGAAAUUAUGAGAGAUUUUUGGACAUCAAUCUCUAUAAAGAUAACAACAUCACCACUGGAAAGAUAUAUCAGCAUGUCAUUAAUAAAGAAAGACAUGGUGAUUACCUGGGAAAAACUGUUCAAGUUGUUCCGCACAUCACUGAUGCAGUUCAGGAAUGGGUAAUGAAUCAGGCAAAAGUUCCAGUGGAUGAUGACAGAAAGGAGCCACAAAUCUGUGUAAUCGAGCUGGGUGGGACCAUUGGAGAUAUUGAAGGAAUGCCAUUUGUUGAAGCAUUUAGACAGUUUCAGUUCAAAGCAAAAAGAGAGAACUUCUGUAAUAUCCAUGUUAGCCUAGUACCACAGCCUAACGCCACUGGCGAACAGAAGACAAAACCAACACAGAACAGUGUUCGAGCACUGAGGGGUCUAGGCUUGUCUCCAGAUUUGAUUGUCUGCAGAAGUGCAAAACCUAUAGAGAUGGCAGUGAAGGAAAAGAUUUCCAUGUUUUGCCAUGUGGAGCCUGAGCAGGUGAUAUUUAUCCAUGAUGUUUCUUCCACUUAUCGCGUACCAAUCCUGUUGGAGGAGCAAGGCAUCAUUAAGUAUUUUAAACAGAGGUUAAAUUUACCUAUUGAUGACCAGCCAAGUGAUCUUCUAAUGAAAUGGAAGAAAAUGGCUGACAGAUAUGAAAGGUUGCUGAAGGUGUGUUCUAUAGCUCUCGUUGGCAAGUACACGAAACUAAGUGAUUGCUAUGCAUCUGUUUUCAAGGCUCUGGAACACUCUGCACUGGCAAUUAAUCACAAACUGGAUUUAAUGUACAUAGAUUCAACAGAACUUGAACGUUCUACAGAAGCAGAGAACUCAGUGAAAUAUCACCAGGCAUGGCACAAACUGUGCAAAGCAGAUGGCAUUCUGGUCCCAGGAGGGUUUGGAAUUAGGGGAACAGAAGGCAAACUCCAAGCUAUCUCUUGGGCAAGAACAAAGAAAAAACCUUUUCUUGGAGUUUGCCUGGGAAUGCAAUUAGCAGUUGUGGAAUUUGCAAGAAACUGUUUGAAUUGGAAAGAUGCAAAUUCUACAGAAUUUGACCCAGACACAAAAAACCCUGUUGUUAUUGACAUGCCAGAACACAAUCCUGGAGAUAUGGGUGGAACAAUGAGACUGGGGAAGAGGAGGACUGUUUUCAAAACACAAAAUUCUAUUUUAAGGAAACUUUAUGGUGAUGAAAUGUUUGUAGAGGAGCGACAUAGGCAUCGAUACGAGGUGAAUCCAGAAUUGACUCACUGCUUUGAAGAGAAAGGUUUGAAAUUUGUUGGCCAUGAUACGGAAGGGAACAGAAUGGAAAUGAUUGAACUGGAAAAUCACCCAUAUUUUGUGGGAGUUCAGUUCCACCCAGAGUUUUCCUCGAGACCUAUGAAACCUUCACCUCCGUACCUUGGACUGUUGCUAGCAGCAACUGGGACACUCAAUGCAUACCUGCAACGUGGAUGUAAAUUGUCUCCAAGUGACAGCUACAGUGACCUCAGUGAUGACAGCUCUCCAGAAAAAGAGUUUCCCAAUUCAGAAACAAGCUGAAAUGAUUAUAUGAGAUCAGAGAAAUGGAUUAUGCUAUUGAG